UCUUCUUCUUCUCCUGCUGAUAAUACCUGCCCUCCGGGUCAAUUCCCUAUCGACAUUUGGAAAAUGGCUGAAGACAAGAAGGACCAUCCGAGGCUGAAUGAGAGGAUAUUGUCGUCCCUCUCAAGGCGAUCCGUCGCGGCGCAUACCUGGCAUGAUCUUGAAAUAGGAUCUGGAGCCCCUCAGGUCUUCAACGUUGUUGUUGAGAUCACAAAGGGUAGCAAAGUUAAGUAUGAGCUUGAUAAGAAGAGUGGACUAAUCAAGGUUGACAGGGUUCUGUACUCAUCCGUUGUGUACCCACACAACUAUGGUUUCGUACCGCGGACACUGUGCGAAGAUGGGGACCCAAUUGAUGUCUUGGUCCUGAUGCAGGAACCAAUCAUACCUGGUUGUUUUCUUCGAGCUAAGGCCAUUGGGCUUAUGCCUAUGAUUGAUCAGGGUGAGAAAGAUGAUAAGAUCAUUGCAGUUUGCGUUGAUGAUCCCGAGUACCGCCAUUACAACGAUCUUAAGGAGCUCUCUCCCCACCGCCUUGCUGAAAUCCGUCGCUUUUUUGAAGAUUACAAGAAGAACGAGAACAAGGAUGUUGCGGUGAACGAUUUCUUGCCAUCAAAAACUGCACAGGAGGCCAUUAAGCACUCGAUGGACCUAUAUGCUGAAUAUAUCUUGCAGAGUCUGAGGAACUAGUCAUCGUUGCAAACUUGGAAGGCUGAAAAAAAAAUCAGCAUUGAGGUCUCGUAAAAAGGCAAUAAUUAGUUACCUUGCUUCCAUUCAUGGAGUCUUUUUGCUGUAUAUCUGAAUAAAGGGAAAAAUGUUCUUCUUCUGCAUAUACUUGUGGGCAUUGUAAUCGAGGAUAACGCUACACUUUUGUUUUGACAGUGCGUCAGGAGUGUUAAACGUCCGCAUA